AUGGCAUUUUUCUUAGGCAAUUGGAUACUCAUUACGCUAUGCAUCCUUGUCGCCGCAUACAAGAACCUCCCUUUCGUGUGGUUUAUUCGGUUCCUCCGAGCUCUUGUCACCCGACUUUUUAUAACCCCUAUCACCCACAAGGAGCUCAGUCCAGAAUGCCUGUUCCUCCCAGCAAUCCACCGAACACGAUCCCCACUCACAGAAUGCGACUACAACAUUCACAAGUCCAACUCCACCUACUUUACUGACCUGGACAUCUCCCGCGGCAACCUGAGCCUCCUACUGUUCAGCCAACGACUGUCAUUCUGGCCUACGCCCACAACCGCAGUCAUGAUCCUGAGCGGAGCGCAGAUUGUUUUCCGCAGAGAAAUCAAGCCCUACCAGCCAUACGAAGUUUGGUCACGAGUUCUGAGUUGGGAUGAGAAGUGGAUCUAUAUCGUGUCGCAUUUUGUCAGGAGGGGCGCAUUUUCCCAUCGCAAGUUCUUGCUUCAGCCGAAUACUCCUGGAGACCGUGCUCGGGUUAAAGCCGGAGGUGACCAGGCGCCGGAGAAACAGGUGUUUGCUUCUGCUGUCUCCCGGUACGUGUUUAAGCAGGGGCGUAAGACUUUCUCGCCGGAGCGGAUGCUUAUUCAGUGUGGGCUUUUACCUUCUAAGGAACGUAUGUCCGAGGAGGAUGCGGCGACGUGGAGGGCUAUCGAGGAGAGGAGGAAACGGGAUCUGGAAGCUGCGCAGUUGAAGAUUGGAUGGAAUGCUGUGCAUGAUACUUUUGAUGGCGAUGCUACUAACGUUCUGGGCCGAUAUACUGAUCUCUUGUGGCGAUAGGUGGGUUACUGACUGGGUGCUACUCUACGUUUUUAUUGGGGUGUAUACAGGGCGAUAUUCGGAUGGAAGUAUAGCUAGCUAGAU